UUGGCAAAGGAGUGAAUACGAUUGGCGAAAAAUGAAAGUGUGAUGCUGUUCUCUGCUCUGUGCUGAUUGUACUCGGCACUAGGCCCCUAGGCAACCUUUCCAAGUUCCAACGGCACUUUAUUCAAAAUAAACCCCUUUGGUCCUACAGUGCGUGCGUCGGCAUGUAUCUUUUUAUAUACAUAUCCGCUUUCACCGGCGAGCGGGAAGCGUCUGGGGAUCAUUUCAUCUUUCUGUGUCAGCACUUGGGCUUGAGCCUUCGUUCAAGUUUGGCCGUUUGCCAAUGAUCAAUCCCACGGAGUAUGUGGCUCUUUCUGACUCAGUAGAGCGGCUCUUGGACAGUAUAUGCAGAGAGCAGAAUCAGGCCCCUCCUAGCCCCCAAGUAAGACGCGAACUCGCGAGCGUCGGAGAGGAGUUGGCUCUUGAUAUUUUGACUCGAAUUUCACUCACCAAGGUUCGGCAUAGUCUCGCUUCGUUCAUUAUCUUCAUGAUUCGGUCUCCCAAGAAAGUCACUAGUCGCUCACCAAAUGCUAUUAGAGGCUUUGCUACCAAUACGCUCUUGAACACCCAAGGUCGAAGCACUAACGGAGCUGCUACCCCGACUCCCAUGGAAGAGCAUCCAGGAAGUACCUCACCAGCAAUGAGUCCAGAAUUGGUGGCCCUGGGAGAAUUGGAAUUCAGAAAGGCAUUCCUGCUGUUAAGCUAUAUUGGAGAAGAGAGUCUUGAACGGGCCAUAACGGCGGACAAGAUUAGGAGUCUUAAAAUGUUGCCAAUGUGUAAGUUUGAGGAAGAAAUAUGGCAAGCCGCGGGCAGAAGAUAUAUCUCCCCUAACGAUCGACGAUUGUAUCAUGGUUGGGAUUCAGGGAAGCCGUAUGUCUAUCACUGUCAUAUAUCUCAACGUGGGAGUUUAAAGUUCAAGGGCCCCUUGUUCCAAGAAGCUAGAACACAUUUACAAAAAUCACUUGGUGAUGAUAAUGUGAUUGUUGUAAACUUUGCUGAGGAAAGGAAUGGGUACUGUCGGACUAGUGUUGAGGAAGCAUAUGCUCUCUACAAUAAAUUUGGAAGAGAGGGAAUUUGUGUUGGUCUUCGCCUCUACCGGUUUUUUGUUUUUAAAGAUGGCGGAAAGGAAGAGAAAAAGAAGGACCCAACAUCAUCAAGCGUGAAAUGUUAUUUUGUUAGGACAGAAUCUUGUGCAUCAGUUGAUAAGAAGGAUCCUUACAAAUUAUCUGGCAAGUCAAUGCUUGAAGCUCGAUCUUUAUUUAUGCAGGCUCACACAUUACCCAGUUUAGACAAGUUUAUGGCUAGGUUUUCUCUAAUUUUGUCCAAAACCUUUACACUUGAUAUUGACAUGGGAUCCUUGGAUGUUCAAACAAUUGAAGAUGUGUGUUGUCAGGAUGAAAAUGGUGACAUUGUUUAUCACAAUGGGAAAGAACAGAUUCAUACUGAUGGAACUGGAUUCAUUUCUAAAGAUUUAGCUGUGCUUUGCCCUAGAAAUGUGUCCAAAGGAAUUCAUACGAAGGAUAAAAAUUUCAGGGAUAAUACAACUAUGGCUUUUGCAAAUGUGGAAUCCAGCACAUUUGAGCCACCUUUGCUGAUCCAAUGCCGUCUAUUUCACAUCGGACGUGCCAUGAAGGGCACACUUCUAAUCAACGAAAAGCUUCCUCCUCAGACGAUACAAGUUCGACCAUCAAUGAUUAAGGUUCAUGCAGAUCCAAAUUUUCUUGUGCAAAGUAUAAAUUCGAUGGAGGUAGUAGGUACAAGCAACAAACCACAGAGGUGUUAUUUGUCCCGAAAUCUGAUUGCACUUCUAAGCUAUGGAGGAGUACCAAAUGAGUUUUUUAUGGGUUUACUCAAGAGUGCUUUGGAAGAUGCAUAUUGUGUCUUCACUAACAAGCGAGCUGCAUUCAGAGUAUCUUUAAAGCAUGGUGAAAUGGAUGAUGAUUUCAAUUCAAUGAAAAUGAUUUUAUCUGGCAUCCCUCUCGAUGAGGCUUAUUUGCAGUAUCGUCUAUCUGUACUUGCAAAGGAGGAAAUAAAUGGUCUUAAAAAGGGGAGGCUUUAUAUACCUGAAUGUUACUAUCUAAUGGGCACUGCUGAUCCCACUGGAUGCCUUAAAAAGGAUCAAGUUUGUAUUAUUCUUGAAAAUGGUCAAAUUUCUGGAGAUGUAUUGGUAUAUCGGAAUCCUGGAUUACAUUUUGGGGACAUUCACAUUCUCGAAGCGACAUACGUGAAGGAGUUAGAAUCUUUUGUUGGCCAUAGCAAAUAUGCAAUAUUCUUCCCUUGUGUUGGUCCUCGCUCUUUGGCAGAUGAGAUAGCUGGAGGAGAUUUUGACGGUGACAUGUACUGGGUGUCAAAGAAUGCUGAGUUGUUGAAGUAUUUUAAAAAGAGUGAACCAUGGAUUGAAAAUCCUCCUUGCGAUGAUGUCAUCGCUUCUAAACAGCCAAGUACACUUUCAGAUGAUGAACUCCAGGAUGAACUUUUCAAGUUGUUCUUGAGAAGUCGGUUUCAACCAAGUUAUGCAAUGGGUGUUGCAGCUGAAUGUUGGAAUGCCUUUAUGGAUCGGCUGCUGACAUUGAGGGAUGACUGUCCUAUAGAAAAGCAAGAGAAAGAACGUGUCAAGGAAAAUAUGAUUAAAUUGAUUGAUCUGUAUUACUAUGCUCUGGACGCACCAAAGAAAGGCGGAAAGAAGGUAGAAGUUCCAAAAGAUUUGAGGGCGGAGAUUUACCCUCACUACAUGGAAAAGGAUAGUUCAUAUACUUCUACUUCUAUCCUCGGUUUAAUUUAUGAUGAAGUGAACAAAUGUCAAUAUGAAGACGUGAAGGAUAUUACUAAACUCCCCAUUUUGGAUGCUGAAAUACCUGAGAGCUGUCUGAACAUGUGGAGAUCAUACUAUGGCCAGUAUAGGAGCGAAAUGACUGCUGCGUUAAAUGGUUCUGACUCCACAGGCCAAAGCAAGGCUGCUAUCUACAAUAAAUAUAGAGAGAUAUUGUAUGGUGCUUCUGAGCCGAACAAGAGUCGUAAGAGUAUGGAGCAAGUCUACAAUGAGGCUUUGGCUGUGUAUCACGUUGCUUAUGACUAUGCCAAGAGUAUAGAAUCAGUAAGCAAGUGUGGCUUUGUGUGGAAGGUUGCGGGUCCAGUUCUCCUCCAGCAUUAUGCCUCUAAGCAAGAUAUAUCGGCUCUGAUGCGAGAGAUCUUUGGGUGGUGAAGGAUUCAUUGCAUUCAUAUCCUAACUAUCAUUAUUUUGUGUCCUAGCUUACUGCAUUCACCUUAUCUUUUGUUCAGAGACCUUGCUACAUUUUAAUGACUUGUCACCAUAGAGUCGUAUAUAAACUUGUUAAUUGUGUUCAGAGACAAGCUACAUCUUGCUGUUGUUUGGAUAUCUUUGUUUUAGCAUUAAUUAAAGUAAAAUCUAGGCUAAAUAACCAUAAA